UGUGCUAGGGGAGGAGGACGACCGCCCCCCUCUGUAUCCCUGCCUGAGUGGGACCCAACCCAGGAGAAGUUAUGGAGAUUCAACAGCAGCCAACCAAAGAACGUCGACCACGUCCUAAACAAGCAAGGACAAGGACAAGCCAGAAGACUACAAGUCGGCAAGAAGAACCUUCCGACAACAACAACCCAUCAGAGGAAUCCGGAAGGAAGAUUCAGAAGAUCCCACGUUUCAGCGAAUCAGAGAGCAGUGCCUUGGUCGAAGCUGUGGACAGAUCCUAUGACAUGCUGUACAGACCAAGGGCACAGAGCACAGCACCAAAACUUAAAAGGAAGAUUUGGAACAACAUUGCUAAACAGAGUCACUGCAGUUUCUGGAAUCCGUCGGGACUUCAGGAACUGCAUGGAGAGAUACAGCGACUGCAGAAAACAAGUGAAGAAGAGAUGGGAAUGCAGUGACGCCAUGAGAUGGGAACCGGAGGUGGACCCGAUUUGAACCUCUGUCACGAAGGAGAUCUAAGAAGACAGCAGGAGAACGGAGGAUGGCUGCACACACAUCAGACACCAGGAGGGAACAACAUGUUCCCGAAUAACCUCCUGCCACAGAACUGGACGAAUCUGUGCCACUCGACACAGAAGACAUGCCACAAACCAGCUCCGGAUUGGCCUCAGGAAUUGGGCCAUACUUCAGGCCAGAAUUACUACAGGAAGAAUCGGAAGAGGAGGAUGUGGAUCCACAGCCACCUGUUUCCAUGCCUCUUCUUCAGCAAUUCCAUUGGUGCCGGAUCUUCAAUGAGGAAAGCCACCUUCACAAGUGGAAAGAGUCUGCAGCUGCGUCAGGACUCCUUCAGGGACACAGUCAACAUCCAAUUGGAGGGCAUGAGGAGGACAAUGGAGAGUAUGGUCAACACUCUCCAAAAAAUUCAGAAGACACAGCAACAGGAUCGACACACCAUCAUGGACAGUCUUCAGAUUCUCACAACAGCUGUCUGCAAAUUGGUGGACAACGCGGCGUGUCAAAGCGCCACAAUGGACAGCAUGGCAGCCAGCCAUCAGCAAACAGCAGAAAGUCUCAGCCUCAUCGCGACUUACAUACAGCUCAUCUCAGAAAAACUUCCUGGAGCACCGCAACCAAUGCCAAGACCACCACCUCCAGCUGCACAGAGACCCCCACUGUAUGCCCUUGUUUCAACAACACCGUGGUAAGGACAAUCACACCAAUACCAAGGGUAUCAAGGGAUGUAACCCGUCUGCAGGCAUACGCGUGCAGCUGCACCAACAAGACCUCCAAGAAGAUGGCCACCACCAAACACACCACCAAUUCCGGAUCCAGAUGAAGAAGAGGACACUGGAGACUAAACAUGGUUGUGUAAUUUCAUUCUUUUGUAUGUGUAUUUUUGUGUCCCCUUAUUCUCCCUCCCAUUAAUUUAUUUUUUUCUUUGCAAUGUUUUAACAUGUUUUUUUCCCCUGAGUAGGUUUUAAAUUACAAAGGAGUUGGGCAUACGAUCUUAGGUAUACAUGCGCGUGCAUGUAAAAAUGUGAAAGGAUGACAGCUUCUUUAUAUUUUGGCUACGGUUUAUUCAAAUGGGCCAAAAAGAGCAAAUUCUGAUCCCACGUUUCUAUUUUUUUUUUUUUUUUUUUUUAAAUGAUUUGAGUUUGUCCCAUGAUGUGUUAGAGGAUUAUUCACUUGUGUUUUCCAAUAAGGAUGGUCCAAAAUUCGGCUUCAGGAAAUCGAAGACCGUGGAGAGGUAACAAUGGUAUUCUACAAAAAGAAAAACAUAAUGGUCUAUCUAGUUCAAGAAUCACA